CUAGUUCUGUCUGUGGGAGCAAAAAGCGCCGCAGGAAAACCGAUUGCAGCAAGGUGGGAGAGGGGAGGCUCGACGGCAUUCGCUCCCUUCUCUUGUGUUUGCCUUUCCGGCUGGAUUGCCUUCUCUGCUUCGCACUCCAGUGCAGAGGGGAGCGCAGGGCGGUGGGCAAGGGGGGCGCUUUGUCUGUGGAUUGUCGUCACUCCAAAAAUUAAAUAAAUAAAUUAGUAGCGGCGCCUUCGGAGCUGCCGACACAAAAGAUAGACUGGGGCGUCCAUCGUGCAGAAAAAAAGGAUCGAGAAGGCAGAAAAGGAAACCCGAAUCAGAAAGGGUAUACGUUCGUUUCCUUGGAGAAUGUGGCGGCACUAAUAGGAAUGUUAUCCCGGGAAGAGAAUCAGAUUUGAGGAGGAAGAGCGGACUGCCCUUUCAUUUGUGAUCGGAGGAAAACUGGAUCGUCUUUUUUAUCAGUGUAUUUAAUGUAAACGCAAAGAAAUCUCAGCACAGGGAGCGAUUCUCAGAAUAAAUUCGUGUAUGCAUUCAUCCCAAAAGAUAACUUUUUGUGCAGGAUUUAUCUAUCGAUAAUGAAAUUUGGAAGCCGAUUUGACGUGGGCAUGAUCUGUCCAGGAAUUCGACCACGGCAACACAAGCACGAUGCUGGAACAGGAAACCAACACUGAGGAUAUAAUAUCAAAAACCACGGAGAGGAGGAGGAGGCGGAGGAGGGGGCGGGGAGGUUUUUUUCUUUAUUUUUCUUUUGUUUUGAUUUAAAUUAAAUUGAACUGAAAUGAAACAGAAUUCAGGGUUUCCUCACUGCCCAAUUUUCAGAAGGGAAGCCCAGUGUGUGCAUCCGUUUGACGCGAAGAGGGGGUCUUUUCGUUACAUUGCAGACGACAAGGCUUUUUAUUUCAUUUGAAUAUUGCCAGAAAAAAAUGAAUUAUGAUUUGAUUGAAUUCAUCAUCAAACUGCAGGCGUGAUUUGUUCUCGGCUUCUUCUCUCUGGGACCUAACCGGACAUAACAGUUUCACAUUUUCUGAACUGAUAACAAUUACAGUACUAACGAUUUAAAGGAAAACCUUGUCAUCGAUUUGCUGUUUCGCUCUCUGGAAUACGCGCAUAGACGUGCGAGAAGCUUCCGAACUGAUUAUUCUAUUCGUAUUAUUUUUAAUAUCAUCAUCACAAAGCGAGAUAAUUUUCUAUUUGUGUCCACCAUGGCAGCAGUUGUGAACUACUCACCACCCUGGUGGGCAAACUUGUUACACCGACUCCCACAUUUCAAUCUCCAAUUUGAGGCCAUCAGCAGUGAGUUUCGCCCCGAUGAUUCCGAAUAUCAAGAGUCACUCUUGUUGCUCGGAGGUGUGGCGCUAGCCUGCCUUGCCCUGGACCUCCUCUUCCUUCUCUUCUACUCUUUUUGGCUCUGCUGCCGCCGAAGAAAGAGUGAAGAACAAGCCAACGCAGACUGUUGCUGCACUGCCUGGUGUGUCAUCAUCGCUACGUUAGUCUGCAGUGCUGGCAUUGCUGUUGGUUUCUAUGGCAACGGAGAGACCAGCGACGGCAUCUACCGGCUUUCAUACUCCCUGCGGCAUGCUAAUCGCACGGUGGCCGGAGUGCAGAAAUUGGUUACCGACAGCACUUCCUCUCUCAACCAGACUGUGGAGCUUGAUCUUCAGGAGCUGGAGAAGCAGUAUAAGAAGCAAUCAGAUUAUCUAUCCAUUGUUCAGAAGCUGCAGGGCCAACUGGAUGAGCUGGUGCAACAGGUGAUCGAGAUCCCCUUCUGGAGCAACAGUGACAUCUCUCUGGAACAAUUGGCAGUGAAAACGGAGCUUUAUGACUGGUACAGGUGGCUGGCAUACCUGGGUCUUCUUCUGUUUGAUGUGCUCAUCUGCCUGCUGGUGCUGUUUGGACUAAUACGCAAUUCCAAAGGCACUCUUAUUGGGGUCUGCUUGCUGGGAGUUUUUACCCUGAUUAUCAGCUGGGGUUCGCUUGGCAUUGAACUGGCUGUCUCAGUAGGGUCAAGUGAUUUUUGCAUUUCUCCUGAUGUGUUUGUCACUAAAAUGGCUGAAGAGAAUGAAAUUAUCAGCAAAGAUAUUUUGCAUUAUUACUUGAAAUGUGGCAGCACUAACCACAUUAAUCCUUUUCAACAGAAACUGUCAGUGAGCCAUAAAGCCCUUGUAGAGAUGCAGGAUGAUGUGGCAGAAUUGCUAAGGUCAGCUGUCAGAGAAUAUCCUCAGUCCAAGGGGCACCUGGAACAAAUCCAGGGAGUCUUAAACACAACAGAAAUUGGCCUCCAUCAGCUUACAGCUCUGGUAGAUUGUCGCAGUUUACACAUGGACUAUGUCCAGGCUCUGACAGGUCUGUGCUAUGAUGGAGUCGAAGGCCUAAUCUACUUGGUCCUGUUUUCCUUUGUUACGGCACUUAUGUUCAGUUCCAUCGUUUGCAGCGUGCCCCAAACCUGGCAGCACAAAAGGAGUGAUGAGGAUGGUGAGGAAGAGUCCAUGGCUCAGGGGAACCGACAGACUCAUGAUAACCUGUACCGUGUACACAUGCCUAGUCUGUACAGCUGUGGAAGUAGCUAUGGUAGCGAGACCAGCAUUCCAGCUGCUGCACACACAGUCAGCAAUGCACCUGUCACAGAAUACAUGAGCCAGAAUGCAAACUUUCAGAACCCACGGUGUGAGAACACCCCUCUGAUUGGCAGGGAGUCCCCGCCUCCUUCUUACACGUCUAGCAUGAGAGCAAAAUAUCUUGCCACAAAUCGGCCUGAUGCCAACAGUGCCGCCCACUAAGGAUCACAAACAUGCAUGCUUCCAGGAACAAAAGAGGGAUUUGGAAACAUCCAGCUUCCUUUGGAUAUCGACUUGGAUACCACCAGGCACAAUAUAUGUAUAUACAGUAUAUAGAGAAAAAACAAAUUUCAAAAACAAGUCCCCUUUGCCCAAGACUUGGAUGAUUGUGCUGCUUCAGAGAACCAUACGCGGGAAGAGCCAGAUCAGUCCCAAAUGGGUACUUUUGCCACAUGUGAGGGUUUGGUUGGCCUCACGUGGCGCCAACAUUUCAUUGAAACCUCUUGACUGCCAUGAUCUACUGUACAGAUGUGUGUGAUUUUAUUUUAUUUCUCUUUUUUUCUUGUUCUUAACCAGAAAGCCUAGAUGUACACCUUGUGCCAUCCCAUUCUCUUGUGGUUACAGAACCAGGACCAAAAAAAAAAAAGAGAAAGUGCUUGUCUUUCUGAUUUUUAAUUUUUACAUGGCAGGGGCAAAUGGGGUUGCCAAAUAUGCACGAUGGUCUUGCAUUGUACAAUUUGGUUGGCUCUUUUGGGAUUUAAGGCAUAAUAAAUACCAAAUGUCGCCAGAGGACUUGGAGCUCAGGAAGAGUGCAGCUAGCCCCACAGUGGACUAUUUCUUCUAUUUUGUUGUUAUUAAAAAACACCAUACUUCUUAUUUUUAACCACUUUAAGCUUUCUCAUAACUGAACUAAAAGAAACAAUUGAAAAACCCAUUUAACUGUUGCUUAUGUUCAAGUUGUGUUUGCUUCCCCAUGUGUGUUUAUUUAUUGUUUUGCUUAAUACAAAUUUAUUCUGUAGGUUUGUGUCUGUUGUCAUCAGGAAUGCAAUUUAAAUGAACCUAAGGUUCAAAAAUAGCCAAUGGAUUGUUUGUCCCUUCAAGGAAUCCACAAUUAUUAGAGUACUGUAUAGCAACCUCUCAGUCUCCAUUUUUGGGUGUGUAUGUGUGUGUGUGUGUGUGCCCGAUCCAUCCUCCUGUUCAGGAUUUUCAUUGAACGCAUUCUCAAAUAUGGAUGAAUAGACUGAAGGUGAAGACAUUUAAAAGCAAAGCUGUUUUAGAAAGGGGACUGAAACAGGAUGACAACAACGAUAGUGUGGAAAUUAAAGGGAUUUCAUCAGCGUUGAUGAAAUAGACACAUGCACUUUUUGUCAACAGAGGAUGAUGACAGUGUUCUCAGGAAAAUGACUCAGUUUAAAGUGAAUCAAUAAUGCAAAACGUAUUUAACGGGCUUCUUGGUAUGGUAACCAUAUAUUGAUGAAUGUUAGAGAUGGCUGCUGGAAUUUUAUAUGACCAUCUGUUAAUGGUUUAUUAGAGACAGCCAUAUUAUCUAUCUAUCUAUCUAUCUAUCUAUCUAUCUAUCUAUCUAUCUAUCUAUCUAUCUAUCUAUCUAUCUAUCUAUCUAUCUAUCUAUCUAUCUAUCUAUCUAUCUAUCUAUCUAUCUAUCUAUCAGGUCUUUACUAGGUAACUGUACUUCUUUUUUUACAAUCUAAAAAGCUGAAAUUCGUCACCAUUGUGAAGGGUCAUGCAAAACCAAUGAGAAAAUCUUCUGCUUUUUCCUAAAAAGGUAGACCCCCUAACCCUUUAUGGUUUUGUCUUUUUUGAAUUGAAUCAACUAAAAAAAAGUAAUGAUAUUGUGUGGUGCUUAAUUUGAAUUUGACCAAUCCAUGAAUAUUACAGAAAGCAAUAGGAAUCUAAAAAUGACCUUCAGCUUCACAUAUAUUGUGUCGUGUAGAAUGUAGUUUUUCUGUACAUUUUAUGUUUUGUGCGAGGAAGAUGUUUUAUUGAAAGUAUUUUAGAGUUAAAGGAGAUUUUAACUGUUUGGGAUUAAUUUACAAGUAGAGCAGUGGCUUCCUGAUGACAAUAAACAGGUAGUGGUAAUGAAAGGCCAACAGUGACAUUCUGAAUGGCCUUCAAGCUAUUGUGUCAAUAAUGGUAAACACAGGAUAGCUAUCAAUAUUUUCUCAUUUGCAUUUAAAAAUGUCAGAAUUGUACUGCUCUUCUUGAUUGAAAGGGCACUUUUACUGUAACACUGUUUGGAAUAUUCAUUUUUUUCUUUCCACUGUAUUGAUCGCUCUUAAACUCCUGCAGAUGUGCGGUGGUAUUUCGAUUUCUAACUCACUUCUAUUCCUUGCUUGUACUCCACUGACCACCUGUGUUUUUCCGCAUGUUAUAUUCUGUUCUCACUGUCCUAACGUGUUAUAAGUGACGAGAUGCACUGAUUGGCUUCUCUUUUGAUGCCUCUAACCCUAAGAUGGCAAACUCCUGGCACUAGUGAGGUGGCUUCACUUGAACUGCACGAUCAAUAUGAACUGAUCACAGUGUGCGACUGGCGUCUCUGUUGGCUCAUGUUUCUUUAUAUGGCAGGUUAGGAUGCGGCAGUUAGGGGUCGGGAUUUGAGACAUCAGUGAUGAAUGCCUAAUAUAAACAAAACAAACAUGACUUUAGUUGAAAAAAAUGUGGAGUUUGACAGAAUGUGUGACUUUUCUGCUGUUGUUUAAAUCUGAAAGCCAUUGAAUGUCCAACAGUACAUCCCGAACAUCAGCUGAUGCUUCCGAUGGGACUGAGAGCCGUGUUGUCAUGUGUGUGCACGUGUGUGUGUGUGUAUGUCUGUGUGUGUCUGUUGGUCUGUGUUCUGGGACUGCAGAAAAUAAUAAUUCAAGAAGGUGUUUUUUGAACAUGCUGCGAACAUUCAUAGAUUAUAUAUACCUACCUGAUGGGAAAUAUUAAAGCGUGCAUGUGUUUUCUUUUUAUAUUUUCACUUUUAAUAUUACAAUGACACAGAUACUGUUAUCUUGGAGUUUGUGUAGAACAAAUGGGAUUUUGUUGUUUAUUAACUUUUUAUUAUUAAUUCUGAUAAAUUAUGACCGUGAAGUGCAGCCCAUCCUACUGCUGUCGUACAUGUGAAAGCACAAGUAUUUUUAAGAAGCUGUCGUGUUUCUUGUAUUGUCAUUUUUAAUUCUGUGGAAAGCACACAUUGAACAAAGGAGGCUGUAAUUAGGUGGGAUCCGUCACAUGCUACUGCCUCAAGUACCAAGGAACAAAAACAUUACAGUAAAUGACAAGACACUUGGUUUCUUCUUCAAGAUGCUGUAUUUUGCUGUGAAUGUCUCAGGCUUUACAGCUUUUUGGUCUCUCUUUCUGGUGCCACUGGUUCUCUUUCUGCUGUCAUCAGUUGUGUGUGCAGACCUGUGCAAGUCCUCUGUGCACGUAAAGCAGACAUUGGAGGGUUGCACUAUUAACCAAUGAGAGCAAAUGUGCUUUCUUACAAGAAUGAAUAACACUGCUACAUUCCACUGGUGAGCCUGAUAAAGCUGUAUGGGUCUAAACUGUCUGUGGACGACAUCCAGACUAAGUGGACAGCAGUAUGCCAAUUAACGGAUAUUACUUCAUGAAUUAAUACAGAUAACAUACUGGAAAAGUUGUCAAACUCGAGACAUCUGUUUUUAGUCUUACCUUACCAAAGCUGUGCUACCAUUAAGCUAAACCGCACCAUAGAUUUCAUGCAGCUGUCCAAUAUCUUGCUUAAACCUUGACUAUAAGUUUAUUUAUUUAUUUAUGUUUGUCUUCUUCUGUUUUGCAGUUUUGGGAGAAGAUUUUCAAAUUUGACCAUUCAAAUCAAACUAAUGAUUUUCCAAAAUAUUUAAAAAUUGCAUUCCGUAUUUUUUAAUCAAACAAUAAUGGCACUUCCCAUUGUUAAGGUCCAUAGACAAAAUGGUUUUACCCAGGAUGGUGUUGUGAAAUUUUGACACUUUUACUUAAUGGUUAAACUGCAAGAUAGACAGGGGGAAACUCUUAACAGUGACAAAAUUUUUAAAUGAAAAUUCUUAUCUAUAAUUAAGUAUUGUUAAUAAACUUCAAUGAACUGAAAAUCACUAAGUCCCAGUAAAGUUUUCAAAGUAUUUUCUAAGCGUUUUCAGUCCCACCAUUAGAAAGAAUGAAGGUUGACUUGUGUUAAAUCCACUGAAAUCGAUGAAAUGUGUCACAUUUUAUAGAAUUUGAAUUUCUCUCUAUUUUAUACUUGUUGUUUUUUUGAAACUGUGAAAUGUCUUCAAAGCCUUCCUGUUCGUAUCUUAACAUUGAUUUCUUCCAGCUUAAAUUAGAUAGGAAUGAUUUGUUAGGGCCUGAUGGUUAAGGCUAUGGGUUCAAAUCACUGCACAGGUCUUAGCAAACCACUUCAUCUGUCAGCUACUCUGCACAUUUUUCUGGUCAGGUUAAGUGUCUAAUGGUGGUGGUGAACAUGAAAGGUGCUGUAUAUAGUGAUGGCUGCUUAUAAAUACCUCAAAGUCAUUGUCAUCUGCUCCGUGUCCCUGUGAUAAGUUAUCAGCCCCUCUGCUGCAAUUCCCACAAACACUUGCACCUUCUGGUCCAAUGGGUGUGUGUGUCUGUGAGGGGAGGGGGGUCUUCUCCCCUUUCUACAGUUACUUGCUGCACUUGCAGCCAACCAAGGUUCAAUCGGCCUAGUCACCCUUAUAAUUUAUUUAUUUGAAAAAUAGCAAUUCUCUACACAGUUUUAAUUUAGGAAAUUCAUGGAGGCCAUGAAAUAACCAAAAAUAAAAAAGAAACCUUGCGACAUUUGAGCCGUAAAUUGCUAAAGAAAUGCAACUGUCAUUUCCCCCCUGUGAAAUGAAUGAUGUUAAUGGUGUGACAAUCUCUUGUUUUUGGUAGUGUCUUUCUUCUUAUGACUCACUUCUAGACCAAUGUAUCUAAGAGUACUAACUGUUUGCACGAAAGAAGACAAAAAUAAAGAAAAAUGAUAAAAAAUUAAUUUUGCCUUUGUAAACUUUUUUUAGCCAUUAUACCUAUUUUUUUCAUAUCAUACCACUGUGUAUAUAAACGUAUAUUUUUAAAUUUUUGAUGGAAUUAACCUUAUAGUUUAUGUAGUAAAUCUGUGUAUCUCGAAAUGCAGACAAUGUUUUUUAUUGUUCCCCCACCCUCACCUUAUGUUUGUGUACAAAAUAAAUACAUGAAAAUUUAAAUUGGGUCUUGCAUUGAUCUAUUUUGAGAAAGAACAAAACUGUAGGUAAUAUGAUUUUUUAAUUUAAUUUUUUUUGUGAUUACUAAAAUAUUGUACUUGUUAAACCUGUGGUUUUACUGAGCUUGAAUUAAAUGUUCGAAAAAUUAAAGUUACCUUAACAUA